AUGAGUGCACUGAAUAAGGAAUCAUCACAUUGUGAUCUGUGCAGGCUUCUGUGCCACGUUCUGAAGGAUAAAGCCACAACACCGAAUGAUCUCUUGCGCUUUUUCAGGGUUGGUUCAACUAUCCGAGUUAACAAUCAGCAGUUACCCGCCAUUCUCUCGCUAUACGCUUUAGCAGGCAAGGAGAGAUUGUACAAUGCCAACAUCCAGCUUGGUCAUCCGAAGCUCCCAGAUGCGGGCGAUGCGAGACAUGUUAGCGUUCUGACUGGGUGGUUACGGAAUUGCGAUCGCGAUCAUGAAUGUAUGCCUCUUGGUAACCAAUCAUUUUUGCCAACACGACUCCUCGAUGUCAACUUCAGUGCGACAAGCUGUCGCCUGAUUUCCGACACGAACCAGCUCGGUCAGAAUUCCAAGUACCUGGCCUUGUCUCAUCGAUGGGGCACUCAUCCCGAUCCUUCUCUGGCUACGAAAAUCGUCUGCACCUAUGAAACGAACAUACAGAGGCUAGCUGAGGGAGUCGAGGACUCGGAUUUCCCGCCGCUCUAUCAAGACGCAAUCAGCGUAGCUAGGAAACUGGGCGUACGCUACUUAUGGAUCGACUCACUGUGCAUCAUUCAAGCGGAGCCAGGAAACCCGAACGACAGAGAUCAGGGACGAGAUUUUCUGAGAGAAGCAGGCAAGAUGGAGCUUGUUUUCUCUUCCGCAUACGCAACCAUUGCUACAACUUGUGCCGGGUCACCUGCGGAACACUUCCUCAAACGCCGGCCCAAACGACAGUUUGCCACUAUUCCGACCGAACGUGGCCCAUACUACCUGGCUGAAGUGAUUGACAAGUUUUCCGAAGAUGUCGAUCGGUCGGAACUCAACAGCAGGGGAUGGGUAUUUCAGGAGCGUGCUCUUUCUCGGAGAACAAUCUACUUUGCUGAGAAGCAGACGUACUGGGAGUGCGGGGAGGGUGUGCGAUGCGAGACACUGACACGAACAGAAAACACCAAAAGCUCUGUCCUCGGCGAUGCCAACUUUCCGUUUGCCCUGCCAGACUUCGACAAAGGCAAACGUAUCAAGCUCUACCAAACACUCUACGAACGAUAUACCAGACUGACCUUUACGUAUCCCACCGACCGUCCCAUCGCGAUCAGAGGCUUGGAGACCCGACUCCUACGUGCUCUUCAAACCUCAGGCGGAUACGGCGUAUUCCAGCUGUAUCUCUGCCGAGGUCUGCUCUGGCAACGUGAAGGGCCGAGCCUGACGCGAAUUGACUUCUCCAAGAGCCCCGCCAGAAAUGCGUACGAGUUUGUGCCCUCCUGGUCGUGGAUGGCAUACGACGGCCCAAUACGAUACAUGGAAAUUCCCGCUGCAGCCGAGUGGGCGGCCUGGAAAUCUGAUGUCAUAUCUCCAUGGGAGUGUGGUGGUGCAGACGACGGAGCAGAGCCUUUUGAGCUGAGAGUACUUGUCCGUAAUGUUGUAGGCUUUGCGCCGGGAGGUCGUGUCUUGCUGGAUGAACCGAACCGCACAUCCAAACUCGACUUGAGGUGUGUUGUGGUUGGCUCAAAACGCGCGUCUGAUCCGAUGCAGGCAGAGGUGUACUAUUCGCUCAUCGUAACGAUCCUGGAUGGCGAGGAGCAUAUUUGUCAGAGGGCCGGGGUUGCGUUUCUGGAAAGGCGCCAUAUCGACUGGCAGAGCCAAGCAGUAGCGAUGCGUGUUCGCUGA